AUGGCUCAGCGGCUAAGACACCAGCUUACGGAUCGGAAGGUCCGUGGCUUGGAUAACCUGGCAGUAUUCCAGCCCUCGUGCCUCCUUCCGGUAGCAUGGCAACUAGGUACCGAAAUGGUGCUACGGCUGAACGUUUUUAUACAGCAAUGGGUUCCCGCUGUUUUUAUGACGUGGUUCAGUAAAGAAAAGAAUGAGACUGCAGAAAGGUUUCAGUGCACAUUGAGGGCGAGAUGGACCAAGUGGUUAGAGCGCGGAUUUGAUGACCGGAAGGUCCGUGGUUCGAAACCGACCUCUGUCUCUCGACUUCCCCUGUCUAGGCUUGGGCAACAUGGCAUUAUCCCAGCCCUCGUGACUCCUUCGUGUGGCAUUGCAGCUAGGCACCGAAAGGGUGCUAUAGCUGAACGAUUUUUUUUGCAGUGCACACUUUUCUACGUCUUCUAUUCUAUUGACACUGGGAUUGUUGAGGUUCCCGAUACGGAGCUUUGA